AUGAACGAGACAAUUUUGGAAAAUGUGUUUUCAAGAAGACAACAACGAAGAAGAAAUUCGUUGACUUGUGUUCAAAUUUUGACACAAAAACAAUUUUCAAACAGGACGACGACACAAAGUUUGAUUCGGAAACGAAUUCGGGUGAAUCAAUUACGAAGGAAAAUGCAUUAUGAAAUGAAUCAGCAAGAGGAGGAACAAGAUCAUUCCAUGAUGACACCACAACCAUUAUCGAAUCAACCACAACAACAGUUAUCGCCUGUUGGCUCACUAAUUGCAUCUGCUAACCAAAUGUCAAAUGUCAUCCCAUCCCAUUCCCAACCACCAACAUUGACCAUAUCCGAUCAACAACAACAACCACUACACCUCUCACAAAUCAAACAAGUUGUGAGCCAAUUCUUUGAAAGUCUUCUCCAAUCCAAAGAAACUCUUGAAGGUAAAAAGUCGCUUCCAAUGACCGCUCAGGAAAAAGAGAAAAUUGCUCAAGAAAUUAUUUCAACACCAUUUUAA